CAGAAGGGUCUCCAUGGAAACCACCAGGCCCCUCCAUAGAACGUGAGACCCCACAAGUCCCUCGGAUGAACUGAGGGCUCCUGUCCAAGAUGAAUUACUUAACCGUUCCAGAGGAGACCCGGAGGGAGGUCGUUGAACCUCCAGCCACUCCGCCAGUUAUUUCAGCCCCCACCACAGCUGCCCCAGUCAUACCACAUAGCAGAUCUAGCCAUUCUAAGCACCUGGCCAAAGCCUCCCACAGCUCAUGGGGCCACACAAGCCUAAAGAGCAAGCCCUCUCAGAGUAGUAGCCAAAUUCAGCCAUCGUAUACCUCCAUGGGCCAAAGCUGGGAUCUAGAUCGCCACGUGAGAACUAAGAGGGCCAGGGUCCAACGUGUCCACAAGAAGCAGAUGGCGGCUGAUGAGCUUUUACAAAAGUGCUGUGGUAAGAUCUAUGAAGGCUUACAUCAUAUCCAAGUCAUGCUGGCCAUCAUGGUCGAGAGCCUCAUCUUUGAAAUCUUUAUCUUCACCGUGGUCUGUUUUAACACCUUGGUCCUGGUGGUGCAGACUUUUGCUGAGGUAGAGAUCUGGGGAGAAUGGUACUUCACAGCUUUAGACUCCAUCUUCCUCUCCAUCUACUUUAUGGAAGCUGUCCUAAAGAUUAUGACCAUGGGACUUGGCUACUUCGAUUCUUGGAACAGCCUAGACUUCUUCAUCCUAGUCGUGGCUGCAGUGGACUUCAUGCUCAAACAGUUCUACUUCUCCAGUGCCAAUAGAAUGGUCCAGAGCAAGACUGUCUUCCGAAUCCUGAAGAUCUUCAAAAGCCUUCGAGCCCUGAGGGUUAUAAUGGUGCUUCGGAGGCUCAGCUUCCUCAACAGCCUCCAGGAGGUGACAGGGACUCUGGCCCGGUCGCUGCCAUCCAUCGGGGCCAUCCUCGUCCUGAUGUUCACCUGCCUCUUCUUCUUCUCCGUGAUACUUCGAGCCCUGUUCAGCCAUUCGGACCCCAAGCACUUCCAGAACAUCUUUACCACCAUCUUCACUCUUUUUACUUUGCUCACCCUGGAUGACUGGUCCCUCAUCUACUUGGACAGCCGGGCAAAAGGUGCCUGGUAUAUCAUCCCCAUCCUCAUGAUCUACAUCAUUAUACAAGACUUCAUUUUCCUCAACCUAGUGAUUGCAGUGCUGGUGGAUAAUUUCCAGAUGGCCCUACUCAAGGAGCUGGAAAAGGAGAAGCAGAAGAAAGUAGCCCGGAUGCAUGAGAAGCUUCUGGACGAGUCUCUGACGAACCUGGGCACAGAAAUGGAAGAGACCAUGAGUGAUAGCUCUCUACAAAUGCACAUAAUUGAGAAAAAAUAUGGGGACCUGACUUCCACACAGCAGGACAAAAUGUUCCACUAUCUCCAGCUGAUGGCGGCCGUGGAGCAUCACCAGCAAGUGUUCCGCUCACAGGCGGCUGUCAUUGACAAGAUCAUUGACACCGUAUUUGAGGCCGGAGAAGAAGAUUUCAAGAAGUGAAGAGAAGUCACCAAGUGACCAGAAGAAGCAACAGUCCAGGCCUGCCUGGCCUUGGGGACAGACCUUGGGCCAGGGCUGCCAGGGAG